CACUUUUCGUUAUAAACGAUGUAAAAAGUCAGUGCGUAUUUCAAACUGGCAAUGCUGGUUGGCAGCUGUGCUGCGGUCAGUUUGUUAAUGAUUUGUUUGCAUAUUUAGUAUCAAAAUAUUAUAGUAAUGCCGUGAUAAAAUUGUAUUUGUUUUUGAAAUUAAUCACUUAAUUACCAUGGUGCUGUUUAUAAUCGCGUCCAGAACACUAAUGUUGAAACUACGAAAUUACUGUAUUAACAGUGCCGCAUAAUAUAUGCAUUCAUACACAUGCACCUAUACGUAACUACAAAAGACUACAAAGGGAAAGGGUCUGUGCAAAAUACUCGUGAUCAAUGAGGGAUUAAACCGGUAUACAAGGGGAGUUGCAUGUAUAUAUUCUUGUAAUAUUUAAUAUGCUGAUAGUAAACGCUCGUUGCACGCAAAAUGGUCCCAAAUCAACAUGAGCGACAUUUGUUAAUACCAGAAAGGAACAAACAAAAUCGUAAUGGCAAUAAUACCCAUUCAUCUUCAGAAUCUGACUCUGCGGAAUUUCUAAUAAAUGGUAGAAAUUGCGUAGAAGAGGGCUAUUCUGAAGAGUAUCGACACACAUCGCAUCGAUAUUUAGAAGACUACGAAUCAUCCACCUGUCCAUUUAAGAUGUCCCGGUUGCGUUGGCGAAACCGUUUGGUAAAACGUGUAUUGUUCUGCAUAGUGAUUGUGCCAUUCCUGCUGGUGACCUUCUAUAUGCCAGAGUUAAUGACUAAUAUGCAAACGAGGCAGGCUGCAUUACUCGAUUGGGGCUACAACACAUCUAGAAACAUUGCUGAUUAUGUGCUGCCUGAAAAUAACACAGUGGUUUUAGAGCCCAAACACGUUUGCGAUAACAAGAUAUUUCUACUCGUUGUUGUUUGUUCCAGUAUGCAAAACUUUGCGAUGAGACAAAUCAUUCGUGAAACCUGGGGUAACACAUCAAACUUCAACUAUGGUAUGUUCAAAAAAUUGCAUUAUCGUUUCGAAGGUCAAUAUCUGAGUCCAACAGUGGAACGUUUGAAAUAUUAUAGCGAAUAUCUAAAUAUACCAAACGAUGAUGACGUAACAACUGCUCCCGCUAUUAUACCCGUUAAAGUUUACUUCCUACUUGGUCGUAAUCGGCCCGAUGCCUAUGAAUACAAUGAAACAACGGCGCUUAUACGCACAGAGUCAGAGCAAUAUGGUGAUAUUAUACAAGAGAAUUUUAUUGAUACAUACAACAAUUUGACGCUAAAAUCAGUGCUGGCACUAAAGUGGAUGAAUCAACGCUGUUCACAGCGUUCCGCGUUCUUUAUGAAAGCGGAUGAUGAUACUUUCUUGAAUAUGCCAAAUCUAUUGCAUUAUCUACUAGGCGGCACAAUACCGCUCUACAAUGACACUAUGGAUUUGUAUGAUACACAUACAUAUCGUGUGUUGUCGCCACGUAAUCGCUUCAAUAGUACAAGAAAUUAUUUGGGUGGACACUUGUUUUGUUCAUCGCGUCCAGUUUCAGUGAUCAGCAAUAAAUGGUAUAUGCCAUACUAUAUGUUUCCGGGUGAUAAAUAUCCAAAAUAUUUAAGUGGAUCUGCUUAUGUGAUGUCUGCCGAUGUGGUAUCACGUUUAUACGCGGCAGCUUUGAAUACCACAUUCAUACAUAUCGAAGAUGUUUAUCUAACCGGCAUGUGUGCUGAAAAGAUACAUUUACCACGUCGGCAUAAUGCCCUAUUUAGUUAUACGCGUGCAAAGGACUGGUGCAGCUUUCGUGGCAGCAUUACACAACAUGAAGUCAAAGAUGAAAGUAUGUUGGAUGCCUAUUUAUUUGUGAGCAAUACGAGUUUGUAUUGUGCACCACCUGCCAAGUAUAUGAAUAAGCACUUGCGUAAGCAAAUCGGCUGUGUAUGAAUGCGUAAAUGAGGAGACUGUCAUUGUGAAGGAUAUAAUUGUAUUAUGUGUACACAUAUAAAUGUUUUUUUUUGUUUUUGUUUUUUAAUAUUGUCAGAUAGUUUUAAACUACAACAACAAUAACGGUAGUUUUAUAUUCAUUUAUUUUUAUUUCAUGUACACAUAUUUGAUGUUAACAUAUUUUUAGUGCUAUGGCUCCACCGUUAGAACAGUUAGAAAGAUACGUAUGCUUCGCAUUAUUUUAAUUCAAGUAUAUUUUUUUAGUUUUAAUUUCGUUAGUUAUUAAGUAUAAAGCCUACACAUACAUGUAUUUUAUCAUUAUGUUUUAAAUGUUAAAAAAUUUGACAACUGGAAACCGAGCCAGCCCAAUUAGAACUUUUAAUUUAUGAAUCAUGUUCAAUUAUUUGUAAAAAGAUAAGUAACAUAAGUAAAAAUUACUCAUGCAUGUUAUUAAGAACAAAAUAAAACAAAUUUUACAUAUAAAUGCAGCACACAUUUAUACAUACAUAUAUAUAUAUAUAUAUAAAUAUGUUGUAUAAACUAAUCUUAUUUGCGUUAUAUUUUUGAUUGAAAUGUGCAUAUUUCUUAUUCAUUGUUGCUAAAUUUAAUCUCUCGAAAAUUGUAUUAUAUAUAGAGUAUCAAAUAGUAAUAUUUAUUGACAGUCACUCUUAUGAAAAAUAAAAAAUGCUCUAUAGAUAAGAAAAUAUUUUCGGCAAGUAGCAUCUAUGAUACAUAAAUUACAUGCUGAUAAUAAUUUUCCGCAGAAAAAAAACUCACUUAAAAUUCUUACAUAAAAUUUAAUACCAAGAAAGAAUUCCUAACAGAAUGGUUUUCAUUAUUUUUACUUUGCUUCUCUAAGUUUUGAGUGAUUAAGUGAUUGAUAUACUGGCAUACAUCUCGUUAAUGAAAUGAAUGAAAUUAAAACGAACUUCACUGAUGUUUUUCAAUUAUAGAGUAGACGGAAAAUGUUUUUUAGUUAAAAAAAAAAAAUAAAAUAAAAUACUAAAGCUACACUAUGAAAUCUUUAAAAAAUACUAUUCAAAAAGUACAUUAACUAAGUAGUGUAGAAAAUUUAUUACUUUUCUGUCAACUAGGUAAUUGAGAUUACUGGAUACUCUAAAAAUGUACUUAAAAAAAUUAAAUAAAAUGCAUGCGAAUAACAUAGAUGUAUGUAUAUUGAAAUAUACGAUAUUGGCCAUAAUUAAAAUUAAGAUAUUAUUUGGCUAAUUGUAAAUGUUUUUAAUAGUAUGUGCAUAUCAUCUAUUUUUGCAUGUAGAAUAUUUUUUUUAUUUAGUUAAACUUACCUGCAUGUUUAACAAAUUUAUACGGAAUAUUUAUUAGAUACCAAUUUAUUAUGCACAUUUGUAUAUUAUUAUUGUAUUUUGUUGUGGUCAAUAUUGUGCUUUUUGGCGCACAUAUCAAUAUACGCACAUAUUAAAUUACAUUAAUUAAAUUGCAACUUGAUUUUAUUUGACUCUUAACUUUAUCGAUUUCUUUACUAUCGAAAUUUAGAUGCUACCGCAAUUAAUUAUGUACAUAUCAACAAUUGCAAUUGUUAUUUUAUGAAAGCACAACACCACGUUUAUGUCUUUUAUAACUAUUUAAAUGUUUUUUUUUUAUAUAUCUACAAAAGCAUGCACCUUUUAAUUAAUAAAUUCUAUUGUAUAUACUAUAUAAAUAUUUUAAAUCGCGACAAGCCAUACACUCAUAUGACAAUAAAAAUUUUAAACAUUUUUGUAAGUUAAAAA